ACAGAAAAACAUCAUCAUCAUCACUCGUGACAUCUGUUAAAUCACUGAAACAUGGUAAAUUCAUGACCUGAACAGGAAACGCAUCAUUAUCCUCAUGAUUGCAGUUAAAUCAUGAACCUUCGCCGGUCUGAUCUGGGAUCAGCUUCUGCCAUUCAAAGUCUAAUUUGUAGUAUUGCAUGGACUGAUUUUCAUGGACUGUCAGUUUGUUUUUUUGUCAUGUUCCAAUGACCACGGAUGGAGAAACGGAUCAUGUGACACAAUUUUAACCUCAAAAAUGUGCAAAUAAAAACAAAUGUACAGUGUGAAAUCAGAAAACUUGAAUCCAGGAUUAACUAGUGUGAUACAUGGAUCCAGGAUUACAUUAACCAGGUUAAUAAUGACAUGAUUUAUCAUUGAUUUAUCAAAAUUUAUCAGGUGUUCACCAUAAACUGGUGAGGAGGACAGACAGACGAAAGGACAGAUUGACAGAUGGAAGGACGGACAAACGGGCAGAUAGACAGAGAGACGGAAAGACAGACAGAAGGACAGACGGACAGAGAGACGGACAGACAGACAGAAGGAAGGACAGAUGGACAGAGAGAUGGACAGAGAGACAAAAGGACAGACGGACAGAGAUGGAAGGACAGAUGGACAGACAGACAGAUGGAAGGACAGAUGGACAGAGACGGACAGACAGAUGGAAAGAGAGACGGACAGACAGAUGGACAGACAGAUAAAAGGACAGACAGACAGAGAGAUGGACAGAGAUGGAAGGACAGACGGACAGAGAGAGACGGACAGAGAGAUGGACAGACAGAUGGAAGGACAGACAGACAGAGAGACGGAAGGACAGACGGACAGAGAGAUGGACAGACAGAUGGAAGGACAGAUGGACAGAGAGACAAAAGGACAGAGAGACAGGGAAAUGGAAGGACAGACGGACAGAUGGAAGGACAGAUGGACAGAGAUGGACAGAGAGACAAAAGGACAGAUGGACAGAGAGAUGGAAGGACAGAUGGACAGAGAGACGGACAGACAGAAGGAAGGACAGAUGGACAGAGAGAUGGACAGACAGAUGGAAGGACAGAUGGACGGAGAAACGGACAGACAGAUGGAAUGGCAGACUAACAGAGAGAUGGACAGAGAGACAAAAGGACAGAUGGACAGACAGAAGGACAGAUGGACAGAGAGACAGACAGACAGAUGGAAGGACAGAUGGACAGAGAGACGGACAGACAGAUGGAAGGAUAGACGGACAGACAGACAGAUGGAAGGACAGACGGACGGAGAAACGGACAGACAGAUGGAAGGACAGACGGAUAGAGAGAUGGACAGACAGAUGGAAGGAUAGAUGGACAGAGAGAUGGACAGAGAGACAAAAGGACAGAGAGACAGGGAAAUGGAAGGACAGACGGACAGAUGGAAGGACAGAUGGACAGAGAGAUGGACAGAGAGACAAAAAAACAGAUGGACAGAGAGAUGGAAGGACAGAUGGACAGAGAGACGGACAGACAGAAGGAAGGACAGAUGGACAGAGAGACGGACAGACAGAAGGAAGGACAGAUGGACAGAGAGACGGAAGGACAGAUGGACAGAGAGACGGACAGACAGAAGGAAGGACAGAUGGACAGAGAGACGGACAGACAGAAGGAAGGACAGACGGACGGAGAAACGGACAGACAGAUGGAAGGACAGACGGACAGACAGACAGAUGGAAGGACAGACGGAUGUACGGCUCUCUGCAGGUCUGACUGAAGCACAACAGAAAGUUUCAGCAACCAAGAAAGAAAACCC